AUGGCAGUGAUCGAUGAGUUGAGGGAUCAGUCAAUUGCACGCAGAGCACACAUCCAAAUGUCAACCGCAGAGGAGAAACCAUGGGAGAGUCCGAAGAACGCGAGCCCUUCUGCCCAGUUGGAGGGUGCCGAGCAGGGGGAUGACGAGUCUGGAAGCGGCAAAGGGAAGACCGACAAGGCGGAAGACGAGAGGGUAACGAGCUCCGAUGCGGUGAUGUCCGGUAUGGACGGAUCAGACACGGAGAGCAACAGGUCUGGAAGCGGCAGGGAGAAGACCAACAAGACGGAAGGCGAGAGGACCAAGAACUCCGAUGCGAUGAUGUCCGGUAUGGACGUUUGGGUACUUGAUUUCCAUGAGCGCAUUGGACUCUGCGCCUGUGUAGAGAGUUUGAGGGAGGCACAGCUGACAUCAAGCGACAACAAAAGGGAAGCUAUAGACGCCCCAAUUAAUUUGAGAGCCGAUUAG